AUGCUAUUCAAACUAUUUCUGCGAAUUUUCGCAACCAUUGCGACAUUUUCCGUAAAACCUGUUGUCAUCGCUUCGCCUUCACUUAUUUCAAGCAGUAAUCAUUAUCGAUAUUUCCCACCCGCAGAACCAGACUACCCACCGAUAACUCCUUUUGCACCAUCCAUAAAAUUACCAGCAAGUAGCCGGCUUAAUUUUCAAGAAGAUAGCACUCAACUUUUUGCUUCUAAACCUACUUAUGACAAAAUUUACGGCGACAAACUACUAGUACGAGUUAGUUCCAUAAGACAUCCUGAUAACUUCAAUCAAUACAGCUCUACUAACGAAAGUGAACAGGUACCGGAUAAAACAGCAGCUGUCAGUAACCCUGCUAGCUACUAUUUAUUUGGAUCAAACUUUGAUCAGAUCAAGACUCCAUCAUGUCACUUAAACUCAUGUCAUGGACCAUAUGCAAAUGAUGGCAGCUUAAUAAUUAGCAAAGCAAAACAGAGCUCAGAUGAACAAUGUGAGCAAAUUUUCGUUACUAUGAACGGUUGUACAAGUAAUAAAGGCUAUCCGGUCGGUAUGGUAUGUAGUGUUUGCUGUCAAUGUACCAAACAAUUCAUAAUGGAAAUGAGCCAGUCACGAGGUUUCCUACAAGGAGUCAACUGA